AUGAAUAUUUCUAAAGGAGUAAAGAAUACCCUGGAUGAUUUUGUAAAAUUGGAAAAAAUUGGAGAAGGAACAUAUGGAGUAGUUUAUAAAUCAAGACAUACAAUUUCUGGGAGAAUUGUUGCAUUAAAAAAAAUAAAAAUGGAAAGUAAUGAGGAAGGUGUUCCAUCAUCUGCCAUAAGAGAGAUUGCCACACUUCGUGAUGUGAAACAUCCAAAUAUUGUUUCAUUGGAAGGUUUUAUACUGAAACCUAAAAAACUUUACUUAAUUUUUGAAUUUCUUUCAUCGGAUUUACGGAAAUAUCUCUAUCAAAUACCGAAAGGCCAAACAAUGGAUCCCGAUAUUGUAAUGAGUUUUUUAUAUCAAAUCUGUCAAGCUAUGUGUUUCUGCCAUCAAAGAAGAAUCCUUCAUAGAGAUUUAAAACCAGAAAAUUUAUUAGUGAGUAGUGAUGGUUGCAUCAAGCUGGCGGAUUUUGGUUUAACUAGGACUGUUGGAGUUUUUAUGACAACAUAUACACAUGAAAUUGCUACACUUUGGUAUCGUCCACCAGAAAUAUUACUAGGAAUUGAUAAAUAUUCAACUGCCGUUGAUAUAUGGUCUAUUGCAUGUAUUUUUGGGGAAAUGGCUUCAUCUAUUACUUUAUUUGAGGGAGACUGUGAAAUAGGACAAUUGUAUGAGAUAUUUCGAAUAUUGGGAACACCAAAUCAAGAAAUAUGGCCUGAUGUUGUUAAUCUCCCAGACUACAAAACAACAUUUCCAAAAUGGAGAGGUAAUAAUAUUAAGGAAAAACUUGGAAAAUAUUUAAGAAGUGAAGGAAUAGAAUUAAUUCGACAAAUGCUCAUAUAUGAUCCAUCCCGACGCAUCAAUGCAAAAACAAUUUUAAAACAUGAUUAUUUUAAACAUUUAGACAAAACGAAAUUACCUUGUGGAGGAUAUAAUGGAGAUAUCUUAAUUGAAAAUUAA